AUGACUAUAAAAGUCCCCAAACCCCCCAGCUCAAUCACAACCCACAAGAAAAAGGAGAAGAACAAUCUAAUUCUCACCACCCAAAGCCAAAUCCACAUCAAAAAGGAAAAGACCAAGAAAAUGUCCAAACUAAACCACGCAAAGAUCGUCCUCCGCCGCUCCAGCGAACGCGGCUACGCCGAACACGGCGGCUGGCUAAAGACACACCACACAUUCAGCUUCGCCGGCUACUACGACCACAGAUUCAAUCACUUCGGAUGUCUGCGCGUGCUCAAUGAAGACCGCGUGGCGCCACGCAAUGGCUUCCCGACGCACCCGCACCGCGAUGCCGAAAUCUUCAGCUACAUUCUUAGCGGCGAGCUUACGCACCGCGAUAGCAUGAUUCAAAAGGGCAAGGAAGGUGCUCAGGGGAAGGAGUUUUAUCGGAUGAAGCGGGGGGAUGUUCAGUUUACGACUGGCGGGAGUGGAAUCGCCCACUCCGAACAAAACGAACACCCCAGCAAACCAGUCCACUUCCUCCAAAUCUGGGUCCUACCGUGGAAAUCCUCCCUCAAACCCCAAUACCACACGCAGAGCUUUUCCGACGACGCAAAGCGCCAAUCCUUCGUCCCCAUUAUCUCUCCCCUAGCUGCCGGGCCUGAGGCCACGCCUGCCCAGGAGGAGGCCGCAAUCCCCACCAUCUCGGGGACUAUUCCCAUCCAUGCGGAUUUCGUGAUGGGGGCGGGGAUUCUCGAGCCGGGGAAGACGUUCCGGUGGGCGGUUGGUGGUGGAGAGAGUGUGGUGCAGUCGCGGCGGAAGAGGAAUGUGUAUGUGCAUUUGCCGGCCAGUCGGAAGGGAGGGGCUAGGGUUCGGUUGGAUGGGAGGGAGGAUAAAGUGUUGGAGGAGGGGGAUGGGGCGUUUGUAGAGGGAGUGAAUGUUGGAGAUGUGAUUUCGGUGGAGAGUUUUGGGGAGGGGGAGGCGGAGGUGGUUGUUUUGGAUAUUUUCCUUUCUUUUCCUUUCUUAUUGUUUCUCUGUUACUUGUGUACCGGCCCACUUUCCGAUGGAUCUAUUCUAUAUUGGAGUUCUUCGGCAUACCGAGUUAGAAUGUGGAGCGUUUCGGUUGACUUGCUCGGAGGGUUGUAG